GCGUGUCCUAUUAGCGGAGACGACGGUUUUCCCAUGAUUCUUCGGGUCAGUCUGGGAGGCUACUGUUGAUGACGGUAGCUCGUUUUUUGCCGUGAAGUGCUAUGACAGCAGGUUCGCUAAGCUUGGCAAAACCGGGGGGAUGGGAAAGUUCGGUCCGUGCAGAGCCAGCACUAUUGCACGGAUAAGAGAGAGAGAGAACGCUCUGGAGGGCAUACAUGGGAUCAUUCAUGGUUUUUGGAUCAGCUCCUUAAAAGUGUAUCCAGUUUUAAAACAUGUUUUCUAAAUCUUGAGUGCUACAUCUUUUAACCAGUGUUUGAGUUUGGAGUAGAAGCCACUUUUUUCGUUUUGUGUUGGAUAGUAACUUAAGAGCGAAACAUGGCGAGCAGUGGAGGUGGAGGAGGCGGCGGUUGUAAACCAAAUUCUAAUAGUUGGUGCAAAUCUCAAGAAAAACUGCCUGUGCAUGUGGAAGAUGCUUUAUCAUACUUGGACCAGGUGAAAAUACGUUUUGGGAGUGAUCCAGCCACGUAUAAUGGAUUCUUGGAAAUUAUGAAGGAGUUUAAAUCUCAAAGUAUUGACACACCAGGAGUAAUACGCCGCGUCUCCCAGCUGUUUCAUGAGCACCCAGAUCUCAUGCUUGGUUUCAAUGCCUUUCUGCCACUUGGAUACAAAAUCGAACUUCCGAAAAAUGGAAAAGUGGUAGUACAAACAACGAUAAAUAGCCCUGUAUCUGCAGAUGUUGCCAGCAGUUCCCUGCCAAACAGUCGUGUAACUCUGCCUCCAGCUUCAGCAAAUUUACACACUGAGACUGCAGAGGAGGCGCGACAGCAGGAUAAGGAAAAGGCUCAGGUUCCUCCAGAAUCUGAUUCACUGGAAUUUCACAAUGCCAUCAGCUACGUCAAUAAAAUUAAAACUCGUUUCCUUGACCGUCCUGAAAUCUACAGGUCCUUUUUGGAAAUUCUUCACACCUACCAGAAGGAUCAACUGAAUCCAAAAGGACGCCCUUUUCGUGGCAUGUCAGAAGAAGAGGUUUUCACAGAGGUGGCCUGUCUCUUCCGUGGCCAGGAAGAUUUACUUUCUGAAUUCGGCCAAUUCCUUCCUGAGGCAAAACGAUCAUUGUUCACAGGAAAUGGGGCAUGUGAUCUUACCAGUGCUCGUAAAUUGGACUAUGAUCGAAACCUAGAACAAAGUCGAAAACGUUCCAGGUCUCUCUUGCUUCGGCCAAUGUCUUGUCCCUCAAAGAAAAAAAUUAAGAUGCGGAAGUCUAAGGAUCAUUCAGUUGCCAGUGUUGGAAAGUAUGGGACACUUCAAGAAUUCUCAUUCUUUAACAAGGUGCGCAGAGUGCUUAAAAGCCAGGAAGUGUAUGAAAAUUUUCUGCGCUGUAUAGCCCUUUUCAACCAAGAGCUGGUUUCUGGUUCUGAACUCCUACAAUUAGUCACACCGUUUUUGGGGAAGUUCCCAGAGCUAUUCGCUCAAUUUAAAUCAUUCCUGGGAGUGAAAGAACUCUCUUUUACAUCGCCAGUAACAAAUGACCGGUCCAAUGAAGGUAUUGGGCGUGAGAUUGAUUAUGCUUCUUGCAAGCGUAUUGGUUCCAGUUACCGAGCCCUCCCUAAAACAUAUCAGCAGCCAAAAUGCAGCGGGAGGACUGCUGUGUGCAAGGAGGUGCUAAAUGACACGUGGGUGUCCUUUCCUGCAUGGUCUGAAGACUCUACGUUUGUAAGUUCUAAAAAGACCCCAUAUGAGGAGCAGCUGCAUCGCUGUGAGGAUGAGCGGUUUGAGUUGGAUGUUGUGUUAGAAACCAACUUGGCCACCAUCCGUGUGCUUGAGAGUGUACAAAAGAAACUUUCACGUAUGUCCCCAGAAGAUCAGGAGAAAUUCAGGCUUGAUGAUUGUCUCGGAGGUACUUCAGAGGUCAUCCAGCGGCGGGCCAUCUACAGGAUCUACGGUGACAAAGCUCCAGACAUAAUUGAAAGCCUUAAGAAGAAUCCAGUGACAGCAGUGCCUGUUGUAUUAAAGAGAUUAAAAGCAAAAGAGGAAGAGUGGCGGGAAGCCCAGCAAGGAUUUAAUAAGACAUGGCGGGAGCAGUAUGAAAGGGCAUACCUCAAGUCCCUAGACCACCAGGCUGUCAACUUCAAACAGAAUGAUACAAAGGCUCUGCGAUCUAAGAGCUUACUCAACGAAAUAGAGAGUGUUUAUGAUGAGCAUCAAGAGCAGCAACCAGAAGGCAGGACAACGUCCAGUGGCCCACACCUUAUCUACACAUAUGAGGACUGGCAAAUUAUGGAAGAUGCUGCAUCACUUAUUAGUUAUUAUGUAAAACGGCAGCCUGCCAUCCAGAAAGAAGACAAAGAAACUAUCAGACACGUCCUUCACCAGUUCCUCCCAGAUCUGUUUUUUUCUUCCUCCUCUUCUUCAUACCAGUCCCUGUUUACACCCUCCACUGAGGAGGCUCCUGCAGAAAACCUAACCGAGACUUCUGUCCCUGAACUUCCUGAACGCCGUAGAAAAACGUUACCCCCUGAAGAAACUCAAGAACCUAACCCCCUACCCCAGUCACCUCCUGACCCACCCCCUAAAAUGACAGAUGAAGUGUACAGCCUUUUUUUCACUAACAACAAUUGGUAUUUUUUCCUGAGACUGCACCACACUCUGUGCUCACGGCUCCUGAAGAUAUAUCGGCAGGCGCAAAACCAGCUAUUGGAAUACAGGACAGAAAAAGAACGCGAAAAGCUGCUAUGUGAUGGCAGGAAGGAAAAAUCAAAUGGACCAGCUAUGGAACUCCGUCUCAAACAGCCUAGUGAGGUGGAGUUAGAAGAAUAUUAUCCUGCAUUUCUAGACAUGGUGAGGAACCUUUUAAUUGGGAAUUUGGAUCCCACACAUUAUGAAGACACCCUGCGGGAAAUGUUUACCAUCCAUGCUUAUAUUGGCUUCACCAUGGACAAGCUGAUCCAAAACAUCACACGGCAGCUCCAUCAUCUAGUGAGUGAUGAGAUCUGCCUGAAGGUGGUGGAAUUGUACUUAAGUGAGAGGAAGCAGGGAGCUGCAGGAGGUAAUCUGAUCUCCCAGUCUGUCCGAGCGGCCAAAGAGACCAGCUACCAGUGGAAAGCAGAGCACUGCAUGGCAGAUGAAAAUUGUUUCAAGGUGAUGUUUCUACAGAGACAUGGACAGGUAGUAAUGACCAUUGAGUUGCUGGACACUGAGGAUGUGCAGACUGAGGAUCCCACUGAGGUGCAGAAUCUCUCAAAUUACAUGGAGCAGUUCAUCAAUGUGGAUGGGUCGCAGAGUAGCCAAAACGAAGGUUUCCUUUUAAAACCAGUGCUAUUGCAGAGGAACAUCCGAAAGUUUCAUGCUUGGCAGUAUAGGACAACUAGAAUGAUGAAGAGCCAAGGGAAGGCGUCAUGGAAGAGAAUGAUGGGCGUGGAAAGUGCCAGCAACAUGGACUUCCGCUUUAGAGUGAACAGUCACAAGAUGAUGUGCAUUAUGAACUCUGAAGAUUACAUGUACCGCUGGGGAGCACUAACCAGAGCCAAAGAGUCCCAGUCGUUGGUCUUCCAAAAGCACCAUCAAAAGUUUGCAGCCUGGCACAACCUUUGGCUACAAGAAAAUGUCAGUCCCCGAGCAGCUGAACUUGUACAAGACUGGCUGUCUGGUGAAGAAGAUGAGGAGAUGGUUCCUUGCAAGACUGUUUGUGAGAUCUCGGAAGUCCAUGGCAUGACUGUCACUAGAUAUCGAGUCCAGUACACCCGCAGAUCAGCCUCUCCCUGACAGUCAACGUGAACCCAACUUUGCUGCUGUAUAACCUCUCUACAGGGCUGUAUUUUAUUUGGUUUUCCUUCCCUAAAGGGGUACCUGACUUAUAUUUAAAGGAUGCUGGAUAUUAUUCACAGUGCCAUGACAGCCUCUUGCUGUGCCUCAAUUACCCCAGGUUGAUCUCCUAUUCUUUGCACACCUGUUGGCAACUAACUUUGGAAGCCUUUGAUUCUGAAAUAAAAUCCGUUCACUCACUACUUAACAAUACAAAUCCCACCAUCCUUAUUCUGGAGUGGCUGGCAAGAUAAUGGAAUGGAAUUAUUAACUUCAUAACACAGCAAUUUUAUUCAUGAACUGACUAAUAAUGACAAAGGUUUCCUUGGUCUUAAUGCCAAAGACCCGAGAUUUUGCUCUUGGCACCCAAAGAUUUUGGUUAUAGGAGAAUUACAGCCAUUUGCAAAGAGAGACAUAAAUUAUGUUCAUUAAGAAACAUUUCAGUAUUGUGACGUUUUUAAUUUGUAAAUUAAUGGUUCAUUUCUUUUUAACCCCAUGUUUAGCAAAAAUAAGAAAAGAAAAAAUACGGUUUUCAUAAACAAUUGCCUCUCCUCUCCUACCUCCAACAUUUAAUGCUGCCCUUUCAAUUUUAUAGGUUUUUGUUUUAUAAUUUAAUUUAAAAUUAGCCCUUACUAAAGAAAUGGCUACGUGAACACACUCUUUUUGGAAUAUACCAAUCUCUGGGGAAAAGAAGAAGAAAAAAAAAAGAUUAAUCAUGAUUAUUAAAUAUAAAGCACUUGGAAUGACUUAUGGAUUAUGUGCUCAUAUCCUUUACAAAUUUGCCAUGCUGAAUGAACUUCUCAUCUGUAUUUUACCCUUUAAAUUAUGGAAAAUUGGGACCGAAAUGAAGGAGCUGAUUAUUAUCUGGAACGUUACGUAAUCCUAAAAAUCUUGUUUUCUUUCCUCCCCACCUUAUGCUGACCCAAAACCGGUUAUUUUAAAUAAAGGGAGUGCUGUCAAACGUA